GGAACGACGUCGGCUGGCAUAACCGAUACAUGCGGACGCCCACUAUAAACCGCCUGGCCAGGGAAGGUGUGAUUCUCAACUCGUCGUAUGUCCAUCCAACUUGCACUCCAUCAAGAAGCAGCAUCCUCACCGGAGUGUACCCCUUCCGUCUCGGACUACAGAAUGGUGUCAUCAGACCUGCUGAAGCCAAGCAUCUCCCCACCCAAUAUCCAACACUGCCAGAAAAAUUACGGGAUGCAGGAUAUGCAACUCACUUGAUCGGAAAAUGGCACUUGGGAUUCUGUAACUGGCGGUAUACUCCUACCCAGAGGGGCUUCGAUAGUUUUCUGGGGUUCUACACCGGAGCACAGGAUUAUUACAAACAUACCCGAGAAAACGGUUACGAUUUUAGAUACAAUGCAACCGUCUACCAUCCUCCGAGAAAACAGUAUUCGACAAAAACUUACGCGGAUCGCGCCGUUGAGGUGAUCCGGGAAAACCGGAAAACAGAUAAACCGCUCUUCAUGUACCUGUCUUUCCAGUCCGUCCAUACCCCAUUACAGGUACCAAGAAAAUUCCAAUCAUUAUACAAGAAUGUUAAGAACAAGGAGAGGAGGAUAUAUAAUGGGAUGGUCACGGCUAUGGAUUCGGCUAUAGGCACGGUAGUGGCUGCCCUUAAAAAGUAUAGAUACUUACAGAACUCAAUCAUCGUCUUUACUACAGAUAAUGGAGGGGCUGCCCACGUGGCCGGAAAUAAUCUGCCCUUGAGGGGCUCCAAGACGACACUCUGGGAGGGCGGUACCCGGGCGGUGUCCUUCGUACUCGCGAAGAAAUUCCAAAAGCGGAAGAGGUUCGUUCAUGAUGG